CCAUUCUUGUUUGGUUGAGUUUCUUGUAAAAUAAAAAUCCCCUAAAAUUUUUGCUUUCGGUUUCUAUCAAUUAAUCCUUCCAUCCACAAUCCUCAAUUCUUUUGUGUUGUAAAUACUCACUCCUUUGUUUUUAGCAAAUUUUCGUUACAACGUUUCUCUUCUCAAACCGUCACUACCCUUUAUCCUUACCGUCUUCUUUUUCUCUCUUUCUUUGUUUCUUUCUUUUAACCCCAUUUCCCCCAUUUUCUUCAUUUGGACUGAUCUUUACUCCGACAAGGGGAAGGUUUUCAAUCCCCAUUUUUCUGCCUUCGAUUCUUUUCUGCUUCCAUUUUUAUUGGAUGUUGAUCACUUUUUGGAUGAAGCAGGAGAAAAUCGAAGGUUUCUAUUGGUAAUUGUGGUUCUAUUCUUUCGAAACCGUAAGUGGGGUUUUCAGUUUUCGAUUAUUUGAUUCAUAUCUGAAUUGGGUUUUGACGAUUGAAGAUUCUUAUUGAAGAAUUUCGAAUUGGGAUUCGUCGGUUUUUUGUCGAAUUUGAGAGUGGAGAGAUAUUCUUUAUGAAAUUGUAAUUCUCUUUUCUUCUCUUUGGUAUUUUACCUUGGCAUUUCCUUAGCCGGCUGAUUCCUCGUCUUCCUCUUCAUUUUUAGGGGAUUAUCUAAGAUUGUUUAUAUAUUGAAUUUCUAGCUUGCUGCGACCAAUCAAUUAGGUUGUAUAUUUCUGUGAAUUUGGUUGGAUUAGCUUGUAAAUCCUUUUGAUAAUUUUUAUUGGACAUACAAAACUUUAGGUGAGAGUGUUAAGUAGAAAGGUGGUCUUUUGGGCUUUGAUAUAAUUUUAGGUUGCGAGUGAAAUCUUUGGGGGAAAAAAUGAAAUUUCUAAGCAUGGUUGGGAACUCCUUUGGAUGUUCUGCUUCUGGGGAACGUUUAGUUUCAGCUGCAAGAGAUGGAGACUUGCAAGAAGCUAAGGCUUUAUUGGAAUACAAUCCUCGUUUGGCGAGGUAUUCGACUUUUGGUGUACGAAAUUCCCCUCUCCAUUACUCUGCAGCUCAUGGCCAUCAUGAGAUUGUCUCCCUCUUGCUUGAAUCUGGGGUCGAGAUCAAUCUUCGGAAUUACCGGGGUCAGACUGCUUUGAUGCAAGCUUGUCAACAUGGUCACUGGGAGGUUGUUCAGACUCUUAUGCUUUUUAAAGCCAACAUUCACAGAGCAGAUUAUUUGAACGGAGGUACUGCUCUUCACUUGGCGGCUCUGAAUGGUCAUUCUCGGUGCAUCCGACUUCUGCUUGCUGAUUAUGUACCCAGUACACCAAAAUUUUGGAAUAUGUUAAAUGGUAUUUCCAACAAUGGAGAACCAGUUUCUAAGUUUGAGUUCAGUGCUUUGAAGGAGGUAGUUAACAGAACAUCAGAUGGAGGCAUCACAGCACUGCAUAUGGCAGCGCUAAAUGGGCACGUUGAUAGUUUGCAAUUACUUUUGGACUUGGGUGCCUCUGCUUUUCAGGUUACUGUGGAAGAUGGAACCACCAUCGAUUUAAUAGGUGCAGGAAGCACUGCUCUUCAUUAUGCUGCAUGUGGCGGAAAUGCCCAAUGCUGUCAAAUGUUGAUUGCUAGGGGGGCCGAUCUUACUGCACAAAAUGCGAAUGGAUGGACUCCCCUGAUGGUUGCUCGUUCAUGGCAUCGAGACUGGCUUGAGGAAAUUCUUAGCAGAGAAGCAGGAGCAGUAGCGACAAAUCUUGUCCCUUCACCAUAUUUGACUCUUCCCCUUAUGAGCAUUGUUAGAAUUGCUAGAGAAUGUGGAUGGAGAAGUUGUGACUCUUUACUUACAUGUCAAGAUCCAUGUGUAGUGUGUUUGGAGAGAGAAUGCACAGUUGCUGCACAAGGUUGUGAUCAUGAGUUCUGCACUAGCUGUGCAUUGUAUCUCUGUUCCACAAACUGCACAUCAUCAGUUUCUCAUGGUCCGUCUGGUUCAAUUGCGUGCCCACUCUGCCGAAAUGGCAUAGUUUCAUUCGUCAAACUUCCUGGAACAAAGCCAAUUGCCAAAGAGAUUACCAGAACAAGUUUAUCUCUAUCAUUCUGCACUUGUUCUGGUGAGGCACCAGAGCCUCCCACAUUAACCACCCCAUUAUGCAAGCCUGAGUUCACUUGUUCCCGAAUCUCUCCACUCGGAGCAUCGUUUCGAUCCCUUAGCUGUCAGAGGUUUCCUUCAAUGAAACUGAACUCCAAUCUCUGUAUGGGAGAUCCCAACAGUAGUAGCUCCUCUUUGGUUCCUUGCAAUGUUGACAGGAACAUGAGGAACCAUGUUGCGAGAUGCUCAAGAUCAUCAGGUUUUCGAAGAACAACAUCUGAAGGUAGGAGAUCAUGGCUAUCUGCCUUGAAUCAGUAUGUAACAACUGGUAGUGGAUGCUGAGAAUCUUUGAAUUUAUUUUUCUCUCUUUAACCUUCAUUUUUUUCCUUUUACUUUAUUUUCAAUUUUCAAUGUCCAUAUACUUUACCCAAAAAAAGAGAAAAGAUAAAAAGAAAAAAAGAUAAAAGGACCAUACCCUGGAACGAUCCAAUUAUAUAAUCAUCAUUUUGAUGGUGUGAAAUAUGUUCAACUCCAUCAAGAUUGAAUUCGACCCCUUCUUUGGCCCUUGUAAUAGAAAGAGAAUGCUUGAGUUUUGGUGAUUUUGAUGGAUGGUUUGUAUAUAUUAUGCAAUGAAAAGUUCCAAAGUUUGUAUUGGUAGAAAA